AUCGCGUGAGUGCGAGAGCGAUAGACAUAUUGCGAUAAGCGAUUUACUUCGGUUUGUAUACGUCUGUCUCACUAUUUUUCUGGCAUUUGCGGUAGAUUCGUGGCGAGAAUUUGACGUUGUCGAUUGUAAUAUUUUUGGUAAAAUUAUUAUAAAAUGAAGUCCUCUUUCUUAGUGUUUAUGUUUUGUGCGUAUUUUUAUGCAUCGAAUGCUGAAGUAUAUCUUGAAGAAAAAUUCCAAGAUGAUUCCUGGGAAAAGAAUUGGAUAUACAGUAAACACCCGGGGAAAGAGUUUGGAAAAUUCAAGUGGACAGCCGGGAAAUUUUUCAACAAUGAGGAAGAAGACAAAGGUAUUCAAACGUCACAGGAUGCCCGAUUCUACGCAUUGAGCCGAAAAUUCAAGCCUUUCUCAACCGAAGGCAAAGACUUGGUGAUUCAGUUUACAGUAAAACACGAACAGAACAUCGACUGUGGAGGCGGCUACAUUAAAGUCUUUGAUUGUUCUCUCAAUCAAGAGGACAUGCACGGCGAAUCACCUUACCGUCUCAUGUUCGGUCCGGACAUUUGUGGCCCUGGCACCAAAAAAGUCCACGUAAUCCUCAACUACAAAGACAAGAACGUACUAAUCAACAAAGAAAUCCGCUGCAAAGACGACGUAUACACACACGCUUACACUCUGAUCAUCCGACCCGAUAACACCUAUGAAGUCCAAAUCGAUGGUGAAAAAACCGAAAGUGGGGAAUUGGAAGCCGACUGGGACCUGCUCCCGCCCAAGAAGAUCAAGGAUCCCGAAGCCAAGAAACCGGAAGAUUGGGAUGAUCGUGCCACAAUCCCCGAUCCCGAUGAUAAGAAACCGGAAGAUUGGGACAAGCCGGAACACAUCCCGGAUCCGGAAGCCACCAAGCCUGAUGAUUGGGAUGAUGAGAUGGAUGGGGAAUGGGAACCACCAAUGAUUGAUAAUCCCGAAUACAAAGGGGAAUGGCAGCCGAAACAAAUCGAUAAUCCUGCUUACAAAGGACCAUGGGUGCACCCAGAAAUCGAUAAUCCUGAAUACACUCCCGAUUCUGAACUGUACAAACAUAAGGAGAUUUGUGCCGUUGGGUUUGAUUUGUGGCAGGUUAAGUCCGGUACCAUUUUUGAUAACGUUUUGGUCACUGAUGACGUGGAAUACGCUAAGAAGGCCCUCUCUGGUUUGAAGGAUAGACAAGAUGGGGAGAAGAAAGCAAAGGAAGAACAAGAUAAGGCUGAGAAGGAUGCAGCUGCUGCUGCUGAAAAGAAGGAUGAUAAUGAUGAUGAAGAUGACGACGAUGAUGAUGAUGAUGGCGAAGAAGAACACGUGCCACAAGUAGAGGAAAAUCAUGACGAGUUGUGAGUGUAAAAGAGACAAUUUUUAUAUCUUACUGUGUGCAGUGUUUUGUUCCAUAGUGUGUACUAUUUCUUUGACUGAUUUUUGUUAAUAAUGAGCGUAUUACUUCUAAUAAAACACAAAAUCCUACAAUAAGUUGUUUUUGUAUUCACAUUUUAUUUGUACAAAAUUCAAAUAAAUUAUUAUAACUUG